AUGAUGAUGAUGCUGGAUGAUUCGAAUGAGAUGUAUGAGGAUGAUGAAGAUGAUGAGGAUUUUGAUGAUGGAAGUGAGGAUGAUGAUGAUUAUGAGGAUGGUGAUGGGAGGGGAGAGCGGGUGCGCUGCGCUCGCGGUAUAAAGUCGGAUUCACGCGCGACGGUCGAACGCAUCGCUUCGAACCCCUUCCUCCUCGCGGGACGGAACCGGAAGUCGCUGCUCUGCUCCAUCGCGCACCCACGCAAGACGGUCGACAUGCGCGCCCUCUUCGCCUUGUUCCUGCUGGCGGCGCCUGCCCUCAGCACCAAGGUCCAGCCGUGCUACUCGGAACCAAAGACCUUGAACGUGCAAGUCGGGAGCUGCGUGGACAAAUGUGUGUUCACAGUUGGCACCAACGUGUCUCACGAGGUUAAGUUCAAGACAGAUCACGCGGUGACCUCGCUCACGGCCGUGCUGCAGAACGGCACGGACACGCUACUCACGAACACGGCCGCCUGCAGCGCGCUCUCAACUGGCUCGUGUCCCCUGAGCGCCGGCGAGACGGCGGUCUACCCGUACUACGUCUACGCGUCGUCCGCUCUCGAGGGGUACCUGAACAUCACCUUCAAACUCGAGGACCAGAACUCCAAAGUAGUGGCAUGCUACAAGUUGAACGUCACCAUCACAGAAUGAGUUUCGCAGUGAUAUGACGUCCUACGUAUGAACAGCCACAUCCAUCAAGACAAGAAAAUUCAUUGGUAAUGUAAAACAUAAUUAAGAUUAUAUCCUGAAAGAGUGUAA